GAAAAGCGGAAAUGACGUCAGUGACUGUGGCAUAAUAAAAGUUCCGCUUCUUCUGAGGCGUAUGUAACGUUAAUAAUCACAGUCUUAUCCCGAUUAUUACCACCGGCUGUGAUGUGAAGACCACAUGUCCCAAGAUUCCACGCUCAAACUUGGCGUCAUCAAGCUACGCCUUUGUUUUGAAUAAGCCUCUAGCGGACAGAAAAUAUUAUAUAUUGCCCCUUUAACAUUUAGACUCUAUAACAAAUAUAAUAUAUAAAAUGCCAUAGAGGUAAUAUGAAUGUUUAGAAGCUUUGCAUCACAGAAAUACAUAAUGUUUUAAAGUAUGUUAAAACAGAAAACCUUUAUUUUAAAUUGUAAUAACUGUAAUUUAUUCCGACGGAAGACGAUUCACCAAAACUGUUCACGUUUCAAAAAGUUAAUUGUAAAAAAAACAAAGCAAAAAAAAUCUCUUCCAAGUGCUCUAAAGUGACAUAAUCGUUCUAAUCUAUAAAAUUUAACAGUUUAAAUGUAGACUUCUAUCAACAUUCAAGGCAGAUACGCAUGCACAGCAUAUCUGGCAAACGGACUCUCUGAGGUGCGAACCUGCAAGCUCAUUAUCAUAAGAACCAAUCACAGCCGUUCAACAGCCUUGGAAUUAAUCAGAUUUCAUGUGUGUUACACGUGUUGUUUAAAUUUAAACACAAAUAAAUAUAUGGGGAUUUUUUAAGCAUCUUUGGAAAAUGGAUUUAUUACGCAUUUCAAAUAGUAUGAUGUUGAAAUCCUUGUGGCAAUUUCAGUAGUAGCCUAUUAUAAUUAACAUAUCAUGUAAUGGACAACAGCCUUUUAAGUAGGAUAACCUUUUACAAACAAGUAAAACAGCAACAACAUAUUAAUUUUAAGUAUGGUUAUGGCAAUGCUUAAUAAUAGACAAAUAUUUAUACAUUAUUAAGUUGGUACAUUGUAAAUGUUAAAAAUGUUUUUCAAAAUAUUUUCCCUUUGAAAAUAUUAAAAUUAUAAAUAUUUAUAUAUUUAAAAUAUAUUGCAGUAGGCCUACACAUGGUUAUAAAGUACAUUUAAACCCACUAAAAGCUGAAUCAUUUUGCUACGUUCUUAGAGUACACAUAAAAUAUACCUUAAGUAAGAGUAACAAAAGUGUGUUUUCUGUAAAUACACUAAAUAAGUCACUGAAAUAAGGCCUCAUAACGCAUAAACGCAUACUUAACAUGUUUCACAAGACCUUUGGGAACUGUAUAUAUUUUAGUCUAGAGUUUUUGUUUCAAAGUGAUGUUAAAAUCAUUCUGCCUACUCUGACACAUAAAACAAUGUAUUGAUUUUAAAUUUCUAAAACACUUUUUGUUUAGGAUGGCCAUAUGCAAGGAGGCGUGAAUCUUCAUGAAUAAUGCUGUGAUUCACACCUGAGGACAUUAAGACCCUGCCCCUAAUGAGUGAACUAAGAAAGAAUGCAAUGACAAAAGAAAUCUAUCAUUUUUUGUUUGUAGUUUAUUUAAAAUAUAGUUAUAAAUGAGAGUAAAAGACACAUACAGUUAUACAGUUAUACCUGGAAAUAAAUCCUGUUCACUGGAGAAAAAGAAAAAAUGAUCAGAAAAUGAAAAAAAAAAAAAAAAUAAAUAAAUACUUUCCUGCUUCCAGUCAGUGAUCUCAGUAUCAUAUGCAUGCAGUCCAAUAUGGGCCAAUAUCUGGGCCAAUAAUUCUCAAAUCUGUGAGAUAAAAGAAAAAGAAAUGAGCUUUUUGAAAGAAGUCUCACGCUCAUCAAGCCUGCAUUAUAAAACAGCAAUACUGUGAAAUAUUAUUACAAUUUAAAAUAAUGGUUUUCUGUUUUAAUAAACUUUAAAAUACAAUGUAUUUCUUUGAUGCAAAGCUGAAUUUUCAUUAUUCAUUGUGAACAAAAGCUUCAUUGAUAUGGCACUAGACUAUUUCACAGUAAACUCUUCAUAAUCUGUUCAAAACAGGCCAAAGAAAUCAUCUAAACAUUCAUAUUACCUCUAUGACAUUUUAUGUAUUAUAUUUGUUAUAUUAUAGAGCCUAAAUGUCUGUAUUAUAAUAUUCACUGACACUAAAUCGCUAUUAGAAUAAAGAACUGAAGAAUAAAAAAACUUACCAUUCACAGUCAUCGGCUUGAUCGAGUUGAUCCGCGAUCAAAAUUAAAUUGAAGGUGCUCUUCCUCUGAGGCAAAUACUUCCAAAAUUAUUCCUCACUGCGUCUCAAAACGAUGUACAUGAAUCUGACUAAGCUUAAUGUGUUUAACGACUGACAUCUCUCUCUUUUGCAAAAAGAUUACAUAAACAGAGAAUAUAUAUUUUUUUUAUUUGACUAGUAUUAUUUAAAACCUGACAUUUCAGCUUUUCGGUGGACAUAUGUCUCAUGUUUGUGUGAUAAGUAUUCUCUAAGUUACAGUUCGUUUUCUGAGGACUAUCCGAAUGGACUUCAUUCAGAUAGAGAUGGCAGGUCGCGCAUCAUGUUAGUUUUGUUUAUUUUGCAAAAAGCAAAACAUUUUGUUUUUACUGUGAGUGUACACAAAUAAAAGAAGACAUUCCACAGUUUUUAAUAAUAAUAACUCUUAUUUGUACCUCCAAAAUUGCCGACUCCAGAGUGUAAAAGUUUGUCUAAAAGGGACAACCCUUUUAGACCAUGCGCGGGGCACGCCAACCAUUUUUCCCGUCCUUAAACUAGCAAAAGUGGAUUCGGACAUGCCCUAAGUGCACUUGCGCAGUGCGCUUUAGGCCACGUGCUUAAAUUGUUAAAAUAGUGCCCACUGUGAUCCAGUCGCAGUAAUGGAAUAACAGUCUGUCACACAAAAUUAUUGUUAGACUACAUAAAACUUCAUACAGUUGACACUAUGAUGGUGUUUUACAUCCUUUUUGAAGCUUGAAAACGUCAGUCUUCAUUGUAAUUGGAUGAAAAGAGCAACCAGCACAUUAUUCAAAAUUUCUCCUUUUGUGUUCCACAGAAGAAAUGAGGGUGAGUAAAUGUUGAUAGCAUUUUCAUUUUGGGUGAAAUAUCCCUUUAAAAACUUGUAAUGCUUUUUUAACAGGCAGAAUGUGUGCUUCAGACACUAGAGCUGUGUUUCGUGUAGAGGCCCUGUUUCUAAAAAUAUUUGGCAGGAUAGCUGAUUUACGGCCAGCUCCCAUGGGCCUGAUCAUUUUAUUUUGAGCGGGAGCGGAAAUGGAGACGAAGGUUGUUCAUGGGGCGGAACCGCCAGUGAAAGACACUCACGUGACAGCAGUGGAAAAGAAAAUAACCGCGAGGCAGAUGACAGAUCAGCGUCCCGCAAGGGCAAAAUUUGAUGUACACUGACAGGUACAAGUGCUAUGAUGACGGAUUCAUUUGAGACAAUAUUCCAGGAUUGCUGGCCACGUGAGGUUCCCCUUCUGUCAAUGGACACUUUGUCGGACAUGGCCGUGCCUUUCGGGUGCCCGUAGAGCAUGUAGUUGAAACGCUUUCUGAUGGAGAGUGGCACAGAACAAAUGAGGUCCUCCACGUGUAGCCGAGAAGAUUGCCCACCGGCAGUCCGUCAGAAUUGGGCGCACCAUGAAACUUCAGUGUCCUGUGGAGGGUGAUCCGCCGCCCCUCAUCAUGUGGACCAAAGACGGAAGAAACAUCCACAGUGGUUGGAUGCGCUUCAGGGUCCUUCACCAAGCCCUGCGCAUCAAAGAGGUGGAGGCAGAGGAUGCUGGGACCUUCAUUUGUAAAGCCACCAAUGGCUUUGGCAGCGUCAACAUUAACUACACCCUCAUCGUCAUCGAUGACUCCAGUGCUGGGAGGGAAGGUGUCAAACCAGCUGGUGAAACCGAGUACUCCAGUGACCUGACAGGAAAACUGGUGCGUCCCCGCUUCACACAGCCAGCCAAAAUGAGAAAGCGCGUGAUUGCGCGGCCGGUGGGGAGCUCAGUAAGGCUUAAGUGCACCGCAAGCGGCAACCCCAGACCUGACAUCAUCUGGCUGAAGGACAGCAGGCCUCUGACGGCCGAGGAGGUGGGCGAGGGCCGGAAGAAGAAAUGGACUCUCAGCCUGAAGAACCUUACACCUGAACACAGUGGCAAAUACACGUGUCACGUAUCCAACCGUGCUGGGGAGAUCAAUGCCACUUAUAAAGUGGAAGUCAUCCAGCGCACAAAUUCCAAGCCCAUUUUGACGGGCACUCAUCCAGUAAAUACUACAGUAGACUACGGUGGCACCACGUCUUUUCAAUGCAAAGUGCGCAGUGACGUCAAGCCGGUUAUCCAAUGGUUGAAGAGAGUCGAACCAGGUGGUGAGAGCAAGUACAACUCCACUAUUGAGGUCGGAGACCAUCGCUUCAUUGUGUUGCCCACAGGUGAAGUGUGGUCACGACCAGACGGCUCCUAUUUGAACAAGCUACUCAUCACUCGAGCCAAAGAGGAGGACGCUGGCAUGUACAUCUGCCUGGGGGCCAAUACCAUGGGCUACAGCUUCCGCAGUGCCUUCCUUACUGUGUUGCCUGACCCAAAGCCACCAUUCUCUCCAAUCCCGUCUGUUUUGCCUCCCAGUCUUCCCUGGCCCGUCAUCAUCGGCAUCCCCGCAGGAGUGGUCUUUAUUCUGGGUACCGUCCUGCUCUGGUUCUGCCAAUCCAGAAAGCACUGUUCCUCAGGAGCCAUAAUCUCAGCCCAGACCUUACCCAACGGCCACCGGCAGUCCCCCAGAGACAGGGCGCUCACAGCUGCUGAUAAAGACUGCAUCGGCUCCAUCACCUAUGAGGAGUAUUUGGCUCAGCAGCAGCAACAACAGCUUUUGCUGGCCCAAGCUGCUCCCAAAGUCUAUCCAAAGAUCUACUCAGACAUUCACACACAUACCCACUCGCACGUUGACGGCAAAAUUCACCAGCACCAACACAUCCACUACCAAUGUUAGCAUGGUCUGAGGCCUUCAUGCUUAUAGUCUGCUGUUUUUUUUCUUCACAUCUUCAGUUUUUGGACCCAACAUGGCAUUUUGCCACCAAAAUACGGCAGUGUGUUAGCCACAGCCUCAAACAAACAUUUCUGCUCAAAUUCUACAGAAUGGAAAAACAAUUGAGCUAUGUUGUUGCAGUCUAACCAGUCCCUUUAUGAACAGUGGGGUGGGAAAGGGUAAGGCUAACGAAAAAAAUUAUGAUAUUUCAGUCAGUUUUGAAAUGGAGAAACAUUUCACAGAAACACUGCUGACAGAGCAAACACUUUUGCAGAUUUGUAUGGGACAAGCACACCAAUGUAUUAUCUCUUCGAUACGUAUCUGCUUUCAAACUGUGAAAUGCAAUAAUAUUUUAAUACGAUUUUUCAAUAAGUCCAUUGUGGAUGGGGCCAAAACAAUUUUUUUGGAUUAGCACCAAAUCUCAGUGAAACGUUUGUUUGCAUGUCCAAAAACAUUAUUUUUGCAGAUAUUGAGAGAUCCAUUUACAGAGUAUUUAGAUACAUCCGAUUGAAUGCAUGAGAGCGUAUGUUGAUGUUGUUUUUGCAGGUAUGGUCUACCUUGUUUCGACUUUAAGAAAUUGUGUAGGUUCAGUCAAUCUAGUUUUAAGUCUAAUUGUAUCUUUAAUGGAAAAAGAGAAUAUUAAUGAGCUUUGGUUAUAUUGUAACUAAAGAUACAAUGAGAUUUUGGCAUUGCACGUUCUGGCAAGGGGUUCCUUGUGUCUUUCAUUAACUUGUACUUUUCUUUUCAGGGCCAGCUCUGAAUAACCUGAGGUACCCAAUCCCAUAGUGGCUCUAUGGCAGGGGUGCCCAACCCUGUUCCUGGAGAUCUACCUACCUGCAAAGUUUAGCUUCAACUAGGGCUGGGCGAUAUAUCGCAUGCGAUUGUCACACGCAUUUCGUCAGUAAAGCCGGUUCCCUGAUUACCGCUAAA